CAUGCAAUUAAGGAUUUGGCGUCUCUGCAGAAAACUUCAAAACAACGUUCACGACAUCCAUUAUAUUCUAAGUCAUGGAAGAUAAGGAAGCCGAACCCUCCCCUACUGAGCAGAAUUUUCUCUCUGAGUUCGAUAAUGUAUUUGAGCUGGUGAAUUCGUUUGGACGGUAUCAAAAGAUCGUGUACUUCACAUCCUGUUUUCUAAUCCUACUCUUGUCUUUCCCGUUUGGUUUCAUGGUUUUUGGUUUUGCAACACCCAACUUCCAGUGUGCAGUGGAAAAUAGCACGUGUGCGAUAAACAAAUGCUGUAACAACUGUACAUCAUACAUGUUCAUUAAACCUCCGUUCACUACAGUAGUAACUGAGUUCAAUACAGUUUGUAACCGCGCGUACCUUAAUGCUGUCAUACAGUCAUGUAUGUUUGUCGGGAUGUGGAUUGGUGCAGUGUUUUCGGGGAUGAUUUCAGACGCUUUUGGCAGGAAAAAGUGCAUAUUCUUAUGUAACGGGAUUAUGACGGUUGCUGGAUUCGCCUCAUCAUUUUCUGACUGCGUUUCCUUGAUGGCUUUCUUAUGGUUUAUAAUGGGUUUUGGAUUGACAGGACUCACAUUAUCACAGUAUAUCUACGUUAUGGAAAUAGUUGGACCCAAAGCCCGUACAAUGGCUGGUAAUAUUAAUUGGUUGUAUUGGUCGGCUGGUUAUUUCCUCUAUGUACUACUUGCUUACUAUAUCAGAGAAUGGAGAAUCCUUAUGGCCGUUUCCUCUAUCCCUGGAGUCCUCCUAUUCCUAUUCUGGAAAAUAUUUCCCGAAUCUCCUCGUUGGUUGGUUGCUCACGAUAAACUCGAUGAGGCACAUGCGAUAUUGAUUAGGUUUGGAGGAAAAAGCAAAGAAAACUUGGAUCCAAAUCGUUUAAAAAGUUUUCUCGAAGAUGUUCGUAAGACACAGUUUCAUUUGCAACAUGGGACGAAAGUUUUUUCGCCAGUAUCGCUGUGUAAAACUCCAAAAUUAAGGAAAUGGAGCGCUGCAUUGGGGGUGAAUUGGUUUGCGACCUCAUUUUUGGCCAACGCGCUGUUUCUUUACGUUACCAGUCUAUCGGGAAACAUCUACCUUAACUUUACGAUCAUCCAAGUUAUUGCUACAGUACAGCAACCAUUCUUAUGGAUACUACUAAAAAUGUUUGGUAGACGUAUUCCCCAUAUGGCCGUCAUGUUGACAAUCAGUGUCUUAGUUUUUUCAGUUCUGAUUGUACCAAGCAAAUACCCAAUGGUGAAAUCAGGUCUGUUCCUAGGAGCUGCUGGCAUAACGUUUUGUCUUUGGACGACGAUUUACAUGAUCACAUCGGAACUCUAUCCAACUGUCAUUAGGAACACUGCUCAAGGAACAGGAUCGAUGGUUGGUCGAACUGGAGCCAUCUCAGCACCAUACGUCGCAAUGCUGGCCAGAAUUCCUGGUGUAAGCGUGGCUGUUCCUGUUGUCAUAUUUGGUGUGAUAUCUUUGAUCGCUGGUGUCGUUGCUCUAAUAAUCCCUGAGACAUUAUUCAUUCCGAUGCAUCAAACAAUCGAGGAAGCAGAGAAUGCCGAUGAGGAUUAUGGGAUACCUAGAUGUGGAAAACCAAGAAGAAACUCUAAACACGCGGCACAAGCCAACGCCCCUUUAGCGAACGAUGACUUGGACAUCAAACUGUGAUCAGAGAAGUUGGCUUAGAAACUAAUUCUUAAAUGUAAACGAGUAUAUUUUUUUUAUCCAGCGAACUACAGGCGACUACCAGAAUUAUUGUUCGGUUGUCUAUUGAUAAAUGCUAAUUACUACUUUACGGUCACAUGUCGAGUUUAUCAGACUGCUGGUCUGCACGCAGGUCGUUAUUUCUAUACCUUAGUCAUAUCUUGUAUUGUUCUAGUAAUGUUUAUAGUACCCUGCACUGAGUAGUUAUAAAAUAAAAUAAUAAAAUAAAGACUUAAUUUCACGAGGGUAGCACGUAAUAGCAAUGCUAAUCCCAUGAUCCUAAUAAACUUGUUGCCCUCAGUUGAUGAGCAAACAUCGUGUUUACCAUUUUGUUAAGGAAUCAAAGAGGAAAAAAGAUUGAAAAGAAAAGCUAUAUUUGACAUUCGCAUGAUAAGGAUUCACCACCUACUUAGUGAGCUCUUGUACUGAUAACACCAUUCAUAUCUAAACAUCUGUUUUCUUGGAAACAUCUGUAUAUUUCUAUUGUGUAGACGGUGUUAAUUUACAUCUCAAAUCGUCCUUUUUAAAGAAAGAAAGUAUCAA